AUGUCAACUCCUCUUUCCUACUUUCGAUCGACCUCUUGGGGUGCUGCCUGGUUGAACCAUCCCGAUCUCAGGAUCGACACUAGCGCAUCCAACCCUUUUCGAGAGACCACCAAACACGACGAUGCAUGGAAGGAUCGCACUUUCUUAUAUCGAGCCUCGCACGACCCAAUGGGGGUUAAAUCCGAAGGAUACAUCGUGAUGCAGAUUGGAGCCGGGGUAUCGGGGAAAGAUGGGGUUGCCCAUGGAGGGUUUCUAGCAACGCUUAUGGACGAAAUUACCGGAGGCCUGAUAGUAUUAUUGGACCUUGAUCGUGGACUUGGGAUACGCACUGCCAGCUUGAACACUACAUAUCAUAAGCUACUCCUUGCGCGGGGUUUUAUCAUGGCGCGCGCGGAAGUUGUCAAGGUUGAACGCCGGAAGGUCAUUUGUUUAGGUUCUGACCAUGGAUGUAGUCUUACUUGUCGAGGAAGACAUAUUCGCUGCGAUGAAACUCGGCCUGUUUGUGGCAAUUGUAGAAAGUCACGACUACAAUGCCAACAACCGGACUUUGUUUCAUCGAAAUGGAGCACUUUCGAUCCUGCUGUCGUCGGAGCGGAGAGACGCACUGAAACACCGCCGAAGCCCAACCGAGACGGUCAAUGCAACAAAAUCAACCCUAACUGUGCACCUAGGUCUCAGAGAGAUGGGGAACAACAAGUACAAGAACCACAGAGAAUGUCCCGCGCUGUUGCAGAUCGUGAAGGAGCGUCUCCUCCCGCAGAGUCUAUGAUAACGCCAGAAAUUGUCCACCUUCUCCGGGUAUACGAGAAAAGCAUCGCGACUUGGAUGGACGUCACGGCAACUGAGCCUCAUUGA